UUUGUUGUUAUCUUCGUUAUCGGCAAAGUCAAUAAUUACUUUAUUACAGAACAAGAUUGUGGCUCUCCCCGUUCCACUUGAAUGGAGUGAACUUUGUAUCCGAAUUGUAGUUUGUGCAGCUGGAGUUCCGCUAAUGUUUCGGCCCUAAGUUCGUGAGUUACUUGCAUUGCGUCUUUAAAAGCCGAACGACAACAACCGAGACACCGAAACAUGGACAUCGUCAUCAAGCUAAACAGCCAAACCGUGGGAAAGGAUAAGGUUGCCAGGUUGUGCCAAUACUCGUGUCGCGCUCUGUGGGCCAGCAAGGACGGAUCGGGAUCCAUCGAAACGGUACAGCUGCUGAAACACAUCGAAAGCAUUCUCAGUUCAUUCCGAAAAUUGCUUCGCUUUGGAAAAGGGUUUGAGGUGCUGUACAGUGCGACGGCCGGUCUGAAGCUAAAAGAGCUGUCCGCACAACUGUUUAUCACCCUCGGCAAGAUAGCAUCGGGACUGUUCCUGCUAGCCGAUCACGUCGUCUGGCUGUCGCGGUCUGGGAUCAACAAAAACAUUAACACAAACAAAUGGGUCGAUCGGUCGAACCGGUUUUGGUUGAUUUCGAUCCUGUUCAAUCUGUGCCGGGAUGUGCAGGAACUGUACCGGCUGUUUGUGUACUACAGCCGGUCGAACAUUCGCAACCUGCAACGAACGCUGUACGCUGUGUAUCGGGAAAACAAACCACUGCUCGUGGACACCAUCAAGAACGUGUGCGACGUUUUUAUUCCCCUUAACGGACUCGGUAUCUUGCCGGUGUCGAAUCAAACCAUCGGAUUGCUCGGAGCCAUUUCAUCCCUGAUGGGACUUUUACCGCUGGUGUAUCCGAGAUUAAAGUUUUAGCGAUGGAAUGGGGUGGUGCAGCGUGCUCAAUGAUUGUUACGUUUGUGAUUUUUUGGUGAAAGGGUAAAAACUGUUGGGAUCACUGAUGCGUAUAUUUAUACUCAGGCAAUUGGGGACGAUUUUGUACAACUAUUUUUCACUGCAACGAACACACACACUAAAGUAUGAUAGCAAUAAAUCUUUAUGGAAAGUUAUUUCUAAA